UAUUAACAAGCGAUAGAAUGGAGAGCAAGAAGCUCGUUUUUGUUCUAUACGCUACAGUUCUCUCCUACGUCGCAGGGCUGUACACCUCGAAUGACCGCAUUAUUAAUGGCGGUUUGGCCUCACCCGGACAAUUUCCGUACGUAGCAUCGAUCACUGAAAACGGCCGUCAUUUCUGUGGAGGAUUCAUUUACAGCUCACGAUGGGUCGUUACCGCAGCUUCCUGUAUUGAAGGGAAAUCAUUGAAUGUAUUGAAUGUCGUUGUUGGACAGUUGAGCACCAUAAAUCCGGAUGUUAACGAGCAGACAAUGAAUGUCUAUACCCUCAAUAUUUUCCCCGGAUACAACAGUACGAACAAACUGAAUGAUAUCGCUCUCAUCAGAUUAACAGCGGAUAUUCAAUUUGAUGAAGCCAAUGUUGAUUUCAUCGUAUAUAAAGAAGCCAACGGACUGACAUUUGGACUAGUCAUGGGAUGGGGUGCAACUUUUGAAGGGGGAUUGGAAUCGGUCAAUCUUCGCUAUGGAGCGGUGUCACCAUAUCCAGUGGUAGACGCUUCGUCUAAAUGUGGAGAUUUUCUCAGCACUGAAUUUAAUUUUACGUCCACGAUAUGUGCGGGGGCCACAGCCGCAACCGCAUAUCCCGGCGGUUCACCUUGUCAGUACGACGAAGGUUCCCCAUUCGUUCAAGAUUUUGUUGAUCCUGACACGUCAAAGGUGAUUCCCACUGCUGUGGGCAUUUUUUCCAAGAAUAAAAUGUGCGCCUACGGAACCCUUGAAGCUAUAAGCGUUUACACCCGUUUGUCCGUGUUUUAUCCUUGGUUCCUAGCCACGGCAGGUGAACAACCGGUUCGCUCCAAAAAAGACACUAAAGGCACAGCACGAUGAAAAUUCAAGUAUCUUGCACACGGUCAAAAGGGAACGGAGGAGAAAUAUAUUUCACCCCUUGUCGCUUCGUGUAAGCAGCAGAUAUUCGGCACGAUUCUACUGCUAUGCAUAUCACAUUAUUGUUGUUGUAUCAUACAAAUAAUAAAGUAAUAAUAACCAACUAUAAUAAUAUAGCCUAGUCAUAAAAAUAAUAACCAUUAAAAUUGUACUUGGUAUGCUGAUAGUUUGUAGUUGUCCUUUAUCUAGUCUUUUUGCCCCAAAAUCAAUUGUCAAAAUACAAGUCCAUGCAGCAUAUUUUUUAAAUAAAAAAUGUUCAC